CUUUUCUCGGCAAUGCUUCGACCCACGGCAAAUAUUCUAGCGCCAUAACAUCUGCAUUUUGAUUUGUCCAGCCACCUUCGAGAACACGACCUGGCGAUGAAGCUCGGCUUUCUACUUAUCUUUGCGGGCAGUAGACCCUAGCCUGGGGUCGGUGCAGGGCACAGAUGGCUCGGUGGCUUGACAACGGCUGGUUCGCCUGCCUCUUGCGAUGCUCGUUGCGUCGAUGCGUCGACUGGUAUCUCUUACUGUGCAUACUGCAGGAUCAGGACGAGAAAGCUUCUUCGGCUCGCUCUUGCACUGGCGACCUCACGCACCUCAACACCAUCCUUCUCGUCGAGUACCUUUCCUGGAGUGUAUGUGGCAACAUCGUCACCGAAGAUACCCGCAAUCUUCUCCAAAGUCUUGCCUGGUGUCUCUGUUUUGGACCAGAUACUCCUUUGAGACCCAUUCGAUUUCGAAAAGAGUUCACAUUACCGGAAGAUGUCACGUCCAACCUCGAUGCGCGUCGUCUCUAUAUCACUGCGUUUGGUAUUUUUGAGGCAUACAUCAACGGCAGGCCUGUCAGUAACGAACUGUUCGCGCCCGGAUGGAUAAGCUAUUCUCACCGGUGGGCCUAUCGCAUAUACGACGUAACGUCACUUGUGCUGCCCGGGCACGACAAUGUAAUCUGUGCUGAGGUUGGCGAUGGCUGGUACGCAGGCCGAAUAGGUCCGCGAGGUGGACAAAGUUUUACGUACGGUAAGGACAUUGGGCUCGCUGCACAACUCGAGAUUCAAAAGUACAGCAAGAAUACAUACACGGUUCUCACCGACGACACGUGGUCGUGUACUCCAAAUGCCCGUGUUCAUAGUCAACUCUACGAUAGCGAGACCUACGAUACAAGAGAGGAUCAGGAAGAUUGGGCUACACUACACGCUACGAGGGCUUCAGGCAGAAUGUCAGAAGCUAGAGCUCUGCUCCGUCCAUCCGCUGAACUCGUCGCUAUCAAUGCCACACCAGUCCGGUUCACCGAAACGGUAGCCUGUAGAAAGGUCUUCACCAGCGAGAAUGGGCAGACAAUUCUUGACUUUGGCCAAGAUCUAGUCAGCAGGCUGUUUGUUCCUUGCCUAGAUCUCGACGCCGGUCAUGAAGUGGUCUGAUUGUCAUUCGUAGCGGGUUGCUUCCUGAGUGUAAGGGUGAAUACACGCUAUGCAGCACAUCGGCUUACUACGUGCAGCUUAUCAGCAUACCCCCCGAGGAACAGCUUUUGCCCUGGUGCUUGCAUGUAGACCUUGAGAUGCUAUGCCGUGCAGCUAGAGCAGAGAGAGGC